GCGGACUUCCUUCGACCGUCCCAGAUGCACCCCGAUACGAGUUGUCCCGCGCUGGAUGAUUAGGUUGCACACAUGACAUCGAUUAUGAAGACCGCACAUGAGCACAUAGACGCUUCCCAGACUCGCAUGGCAGCACGUGCGAACCAAUCGAGGAUGGAUCACCCAUUCAAGGUCGGUGAUGAUGUGUUUAUCGACGCCCGCCACUUACAGCUCGAAGCGGACACGCUUCGCAAGUUUCAGCGUCGCUUCGUUGGCCCAUGCCGCAUCCUCCAGGCCGUCGGUUCUGAUACGACAUCUAGCCCGGUCAGCUUUCGUGUGAAGCUGCCCGACUACCUACGCCAGACUCGUGUGCAUGAUGUCUACCACGUCUCGUUACUGCGGCCUUACCACAGACCGUCUGAGCGUUUCGCUGGACAACCAUACGAGCGCCCUCCACCCAUCAUGGUGGACGGCCACGAGGAGUUCCUCGUUUCAGACAUCAUUGGUCGCCGAGUCACCGACGACAACCCUCCCCACGUCGAGUAUCUCGUACGUUGGAAGGGUUACCCUGAUGAGGAGGCUACCUGGGAGCCCCUCGAGCACUUGCAGCACGCUCGCAUGUUGGUGCGUGCCUAUGACCGUGCUCGUCGUGCUGGGUUCACUGCUCCUCCUCAGCCCACUGACCCUCCUCCUUCUCCUCCGGCUGAGGAGACCGUUGAAGUUGAGCCUGCUCCAUCUGAGGCAGACCUUCAGCAGGAGCCGGAUGCUUCUGAGCCCUCGACCGUCUGGGUGAUUCUUGUCACGUGGAUUGGAUGGCCUAUUUCCUCAACGCAUACGAUCAUCUCGUCGAUGGUGGUGCUCACCUUCGUGCUCCCGGAUACCCGUGAUGCGAUUGAUUGGCACCCUAUGAACCAAACGGGGAUCAACCCAAUCUAUGGCAUCUUCUUGUCUUGGAUCGUCACCCCUCCAGCGGCUGCAUUGUUAUCAGGGGUUUCUUUCUCAGCCCUGAAGUGGUUUGUCCUGCAGCGGCAGGACUCAGAGAGACGAGUCCUCCGGUUCUUGCCCGCGGUGUGGGCACUCACCGCGGUGACUAUCACGCUCAUCGUUUUCUUCAGCUUCGAUAAAUUCAAACAUGAAUUACUGUUCGUGCCUGUCCUGGCCUCGCUGACGACAGCAGCGUUUGUCUACGCAAUUGCCUACCAGUUCGGUAUUCCUCACGCUCGCCGACGGCUGAAAAGGUUCGACAGCAGCCUCCGGAGAAGGGUCGACGCAGAGGUGCUGGAGCUUCACGAGAGCUUCACUGGCGGGCUGGACAGCAGCGUCCGGAGAAGGGUAGACUCAGAGGUGCUGGAGCUUCACGAGAGCUUCACUGGCGGGCGGGACAGCAGCGUCCGGAGAAGGGUAGACUCAGAGGUGCUGGAGCUUCACGAGAGCUUCACUGGCGGGCAGGACAGCAGCCUCUGGAGAAGGGUAGAGUCUGAGGUGCUGGAGCUUCACGAGAGCUUCACUGGCGGGCGGGAAGGAGGAGGAAGACGCGUGAUGGUGGAAGAAGAACCGACCUGGCAUCGUGACGCCGAUGAUCUUGGAGUGCCGUCAGCAGCAGUAGCGGCUGGCAACGUUCGGGAUAGGUCGUCGGGAAGAGAGCAAGAAGGAGGGGGAGGAGGUAUAGUGGAAGCUAUCGAGGACGACGGAGGUCAUCGCGAGGAGAAUGUUGUUGUCGUUCACGGUCAGGAGGGUGAUGUGCGACCCCCCCCGGAUGCCUCGGAUCUCCGGCUUCCAGAUGGCAAUCUCGCUCCUGACGGUCCGAACGUGCUCGAUGGAGAAAGGAGGAUGCGAGGUGGACAUGAAGCGAGAGAAGAAGGAGAAGACGAGGGAAGAAUUUGGGAUGCCAUCGUCGAUUUGUACUGUCGAGUAGAGAUGCACACCUUCGGGAGGGAACUGGUUUUCAGCGAAGCUACGAGGCAUCGCCAGGAGCGUGCCCAGAGGUUCUGUCCACGUGUCGAGGCGGGAUUCUAUCCCCUCCAGAUCUUGCCUGCUUGCGCUCUGGCCUUCGCACAAGGCACCAAUGACUUCGCCAAUCAGCUAGCUCCAUUCUCAUUGAUCUACGAGUACGGCACCUGCCACAGUCUCCCCACGGCCGGCAAGUACGGAAUGCGAACCGUCGUCGGGAUCGCGGUGUGCGUCGGCUUCGCCUUGAUGGGAUACCGGGUGACUAGGAACAUCGGUGGUCUGACUUUGAUGACUCCCUCGAGAAGCUUCACGUGCCAAGUUUGCGCAGCGUUCACCGUGGCCAUGUGCUCGGUGAAGAAGGUUCCCGUCUCAACCACACAGAUCCUCAUCGGAUCGACGAUCGGCGUCGGCGCUGCCGAUAACUAUCGGACGGAGUUGGCAUCGAAGUUGGAUGUCCCGCGGGAGGCUGUUGAUGGGAAGAAGACUGCGAAAACUGAGGAAAUUGCGAAGAUUAGGGCUCAGAUCGAAAUGCUAUGUGAACAGAUGGAACCAGUUGUUGAGAAGAAGAAGAAUGUGGAAUCGGAUGAACUUCGCCUGUUGAAGCUGCGGAUUGAUGAGUUACAGAACGCACGGGAUGUUGCUAGUACCUCCACAACGGGUAGCCAACCGCUCAGUGAGUCUGAAGAAAUCAUUCACCUUCGACGUGAGCAGGAAGCGGUUAAGACGGCGACCGAGAAGCAUUUGGCCACUCUUGAGGAACUUAUUGUGGCUCUCCCGAAGCAGUGUGAGGCGGCUGAGGCAAAUGCUGAAGUGUGGCGUAACGAAGCUUUAAGACCAGGGAAUAAGCGAGGGUCCGUUGUUGUCGGUCAGAUUCCGCUUACCGAGGCUCGUGUUUGACCAAGGAUGACCCCAAUGGUAUCUCCACGGGCUACGGGGAGGAUGGAUCAACAUCUGAAGGAAGUGGUUGAUCGGAAUAGACAAGAGGUGGAACUCCUGAAGGAGAUGAGACUUUGGGAGGUGAACGCUCGCAAGGAAUCAGAAAAGGAGCUGGAACCUGUGAAGGAGGAGAUGGAGCGCCUUCAAACUUGUCGGAAACGUGGAACAAAUCUGCAAAAGAAAA